UCAGCCUUUUAGAGGCUGAGUACAGGUGGGAAAGGUCUGGCACCUGGGUGUGCUCCUGGCAGCUGUGGGGACUUUGUGGAGACCAAGAGCUGCAACAGAGCCAGGGUUGCAGCUUCAGAAGACCCCUGUCCCACUGAAGCAGAGGGUAGAAAGAGCGACUGGUAGACUUGAGAGAACACUUACCGGAGGGUAAGGGGUGCCAGACAAGAAGGAUUCUGCAUUCAGCUUCCCAUAGGUGACAGUCGAUCGCUGGGAGCAAAGUUUGGAUUCAAGCGCUCUGGCAGAUACUUAAGUACCCAAAUAUUCAGAGUCCAGUCUUCUCCACUCUGGGAGAAGGGCACCCAAGACGCUCUCUCAAAGAGGCUUUACCUCCAACCCAUGGCCAGCUCCUCACAAGCAGAGACUUGGAGCCUGGAUCUUCCGGCUUCCACAGUCUCUUUGCCCUUAGGACCUAAGGAGCAGGAGGUCGGCGGGGGCCCUGGAGCGUCUGGAGGACUUCCGUUGGAGAAGGUGAAGCGGCCCAUGAACGCCUUCAUGGUGUGGAGCUCUGUUCAGCGCCGCCAGAUGGCGCAGCAGAACCCCAAGAUGCACAACUCUGAGAUCUCCAAGCGCUUGGGCGCUCAGUGGAAGCUGCUGGGCGAUGAAGAGAAGCGACCCUUCGUGGAGGAGGCUAAGCGUCUUCGUGCCCGCCACCUCCGCGACUACCCCGACUACAAAUACCGACCUCGGCGUAAGAGCAAAAACUCGGGCACCGGGUCUGUCUCCUUUAGCCAAGGAGGAGGUAGCCCGGCAUGUGGCGGCACACACUGGGGGCCAGGGUACACAACUACCCAAGGGAGCAGAGGCUUUGGGUACCAGCCCCCCAACUAUUCGACAGCCUACGUGUCUGGCAGUUACACCUCUUCCCAUUGCAGACCGGAGGCCCCCUCACCGUGCACCUUCCCUCAGAGUGAUCCCAGGCUCCAGGGGGAGCUAACACCCUCUUUUCCCCCCUACUUAUCCCCAGACUCUCUCACUCCAUAUAAUACUUCCCUUGCUGGAGCCCCCAUGCCAGUAACCCACCUUUAAAUGGCAGGGAUGUCCAGGGCUGCCCCACAAACCCAGCCCUUUCCAGUUCUGAGCCCUACAAACCUUCCAAGGAACCAGAAUGCACAAGACCACACUAAACACAAUUUUGUACAAUUAAAACCAUGUUUCUGAGUC